CACAAUCUAUUCACAGGUAGCGCCCGAGCCUGGCACCGAACCUGGCACGCAGAGUGGCCCAGAGGAACUGUUCACUAAAUCGCGAACACACGGAAAAGUGGAUGAGAAGGUGCAACUGGGGGUCCGCGAACCUGGCUAGGCCGCCCCAACUCCGCCAGCCUGGAGCAGGGGGUGGCGCGGGCAGGACAGCAGGGAGGCCCCUCCCCGCCGGCUGCCCGCCGCCGAUCAGACGCUCCUUCGGGCUGAGCUCUGCCAACGCCUGGCCGGCGAGCCAGCUCAGGACAUCCGCCUCCACCUUUCCGCGAAGCCUCGAUCCCCGAGCGCCUGCCUUGACAGCCGGCUCAGGGACGCGCUCUCAGCCUCCGACCCUCCGCCCGCCCCAUCGCGGGCGCGCACCUGACCCCCGCGGGCGGGGCGCCGGGCGGACGGGGCGGGGCGCCAGCACUGACGUGGCCCGCGGCAUGGAGCGGGCGUGAUUCAUCAGCCGCCGAGCCCGGGCCGGAUGCUGGCGGGCGCAGCGGCCGCCUAGCUCUCUCGGGGCCAGGCAGCAGCGGCGGCGACAUCCCCGGCCGGGCCUCGCGCGCUUCUCCCGCGGUCUGCGGCCGGGCCCCUGCGAAGGUCAAGAUGGAAGAGACCCUGAAGAAGCUGCAGAAGGAAGCGUCCGGGAGCAAGUACAAAGCCAUCAAAGAGAGCUGCGCCUGGGCCCUGGAAACGCUGGGUAGUGUGGAUACUAUUGUCAAGAUCCCUCCACACUUGCUGAGGGAGAAAUGCCUGCUGCCUCUCCAGUUGGCUUUGGAAUCCAAGAAUGUGAAGCUGGCCCAACACGCCUUGGCAGGGAUACAGAAGCUUCUGUCUGAAGAAAGGUUUGUAUCCAUGGAAACAGACUCUGAUGAGAAGCAGCUGCUGAAUCAGAUCCUGAACGCUGUGAAAGUGACGCCUUCCCUCAACGAAGACCUGCAGGUGGAAGUGAUGAAGGUUUUACUCUGCAUAACCUACACCCCGACCUUUGACCUGAAUGGGAGUGCAGUGCUGAAGAUCGCGGAGGUGUGUAUUGAGACAUACAUGUGUAGCUGUCACCAGCGUAGUAUAAACACGGCUGUGCGGGCAACUCUCAGUCAGAUGCUGAGUGACUUGACCUUACAGUUACGUCAAAGGCAGGAGAAUACGAUAAUUGAAAACCCGGAUGUCCCACAGGAAUUCAGGAAUCAAGGGUUGACAGUAGAGGCCCUCUGUGAUGACCUUGUCUCAGUGCUUACUGUUCUGUGUGAGAAGCUACAAGCCACCAUCAAUGACAAUCAGCAGCUGCAGCUUCUGUACCUGGAGUGCAUUCUGUCUGUGCUCAGCAGUUCCUCGUCCUCCAUGCAUCUGCACAGAGGCUUCACCGACCUCAUCUGGAAGAACCUUUGUCCUGCUCUCGUCGUAAUCCUGGGGAAUCCAAUUCUCGACAAAACCAUCACCUCUGCUCACAGCAGCAGCACGAGUACCAGCAUGGAGUCGGACUCUGUGGCUCCAGGAGUUUCUGACCACGGCCGGGGCUCGGGCUGUUCCUCCACAGCGCCAGCCCUGAGUGGGCCCGUGGCUCGCACUAUCUAUUACAUUGCAGCCGAGCUGGUCCGGCUGGUGGGGUCGGUGGACUCCAUGAAGCCCGUGCUCCAGUCCCUGUAUCACCGCAUGUUGCUCUAUCCACCCCCCCAGCACCGGGGGGAAGCAAUCAAAGUCAUGAAAGAGGUAGGGAGGACAGGUCAGACCACCUUGGAGGGAGAGCUGGGUCAGACUACACCCGAGGACCACUCCGAAAACCACAAGAGCGGCCUCAAAUCCCCAGCCAUCCAGGAGAGCAAGGAGAUGCUGAGCAAAGCGUCAGAACCGGAGGCAGUAGACCAGCCAGAUGUUGUGCAAAGAAGCCACACGGUUCCUUACCCGGAUAUAACCAACUUCCUGUCAGUGGACUGCAGGAUGAGGUCCUACGGAUCCAGAUAUAGUGAGAGCAAUUUUAGCGUCGAUGACCAGGACCUUUCCAGGACGGAAUUUGAUUCCUGCGAUCAGUACUCAAUGGCAGCAGAAAAGGACUCCGGGCGGUCUGACGUGUCCGACAUUGGGUCGGACAACUGUUCCCUCGCUGAUGAAGAGCAGACCCCUCGGGAUUGCCUGGGCCACAGGUCCCUGCGAACUGCUGCUCUGUCUCUGAAACUGCUGAAGAACCAGGAAGCUGACCAGCACAGCGCCAGGCUGUUUGUGCAGUCCCUCGAGAGCCUCCUUCCUCACCUGCUGGCCCUGCCCAGUGUGGAAGACGUGGACUUGGCCCUCCAGAACUUUGCAUCUACCUUCUGCUCAGGCAUGAUGCAGUCGCCCGGAUUUGAUGGGAACAGCUGCCUCAGCCUGCACAUGCUCAUGAACGCAGACAGCCUGUACACGGCUGCGCACUGCGCUCUUCUCCUCAACCUGAAGCUCUCCCAUGGCGAUUACUAUCGGAAACGGCCCGCCCUGGCCCCUGGCAUGCUGAAAGAGUUCAUGAAGCAGGUGCAGACCAGUGGGGUGCUGAUGGUGUUCUCCCAGGCCUGGAUCGAGGAACUCUACCAUCAGGUGCUUGACAGAAACAUGCUCGGAGAAACUGGCUACUGGGGCAGCCCCGAGGACAACAGCCUCCCCCUUAUCACCAUGCUGACAGAUAUCGAUGGCUUGGAGAGCAGUGCAAUUGGGGGCCAGCUAAUGGCCUCCGCUUCUACAGAGUCUCCUUUCACCCAGGGGAGGAGAAUCGAUGACUCCACAGUGGCAGGUGUGGCAUUUGCUCGCUAUAUUCUGGUUGGCUGCUGGAAGAACCUGAUCGAUACUUUAUCAACCCCCCUGACUGGCCGAAUGGCGGGGAGCUCCAAAGGGCUGGCCUUCAUUCUAGGAGCUGAAGGCAUCAAAGAGCAGAACCAAAAAGAACGGGAUGCCAUCUGCAUGAGCCUCGAUGGGCUGCGCAAAGCAGCACGGCUGAGCUGUGCUCUAGGAGUCGCGGCUAACUGCGCCUCGGCCCUUGCCCAAAUGGCCGCUGCCUCCUGUGUCCAGGAAGAGAAAGAGGACAAGGAAGUCCAAGAGCCCAGCGAUGCCAUAGCACAAGUGAAACUAAAAGUGGAGCAGAAACUGGAGCAGAUCGGGAAGCUGCAGGGGGUGUGGCUGCACACAGCCCACGUCUUGUGCAUGGACGCCAUUCUCAGUGUAGGCCUGGAGAUGGGGAGCCACAACCCGGACUGCUGGCCCCACGUGUUCAGGGUAUGUGAAUACGUGGGCACGUUGGAGCACACGCACUUCAGCGACGGCACCUCUCAGCCCCCCUUGACCAUCAGCCAGCCCCAGAAGGCAUCCGGAGGCUCUGGGCUUCUUGGGGACCUGGAGUGUGAGGGCUCGCCCCAGGAGCAGAGACUGGAGCAGGAGAGCUCCCUGAGCACAGCCCCAGUCAUCCAGCCCCUCUCCAUCCAAGAGCUGGUCAGGGAAGGUAGCCGAGGCCGGGCCUCCGACUUCCGCGGCGGCAGCCUCAUGACGGGGAGCAGUGCCGCCAAGGCUGUGCUCACACUCUCCACCCUGGCCGACAGGCUCUUUGAAGAUGCUACAGAUAAGUUGAACCUAAUGUCUUUGGGAGGUUUCCUUUAUCAACUGAAGAAAGCAUCGCAGUCCCAGCUUUUCCAUUCUGUUACGGACACAGUUGAUUACUCUCUGGCAAUGCCAGGAGAAGUUAAAUCCACCCAUGACCGAAAAAGUGCCCUCCACCUAUUCCGCCUCGGGGAUGCCAUGCUGAGGAUCGUGCGGAGCAAGUCGCGGCCCCUGCUCCACGUGAUGCGCUGCUGGAGCCUCGUGGCCCCGCACCUGGUGGAGGCUGCCUGCCAUAAGGAAAGACACGUGUCUCAGAAAGCUGUUUCCUUCAUCCAUGAUAUACUGACAGAGGUUCUCACUGACUGGAAUGAGCCACCACAUUUUCACUUUAAUGAAGCACUGUUCCGACCUUUUGAGCGCAUUAUGCAACUGGAGUUGUGUGAUGAAGAUGUCCAAGACCAGGUCACAACAAAAUUCACUCUGGAGGAACUCAUUUCAACUCAGUCCACCAAAAUAUCNNNNGGAUGGAGGCCCUUGUUCAGUGCCCUGGAAACAGUGCACAGCGGAAACAAGUCUGAGGUGAAGGAGUACCUAGUCAGUGAUUACUCCAUGGGAAAAGGCCAAGCUCCAGUGUUUGAUGUUUUUGAAGCCUUUCUCAAUACUGACAACAUUCAGGUCUUUGCGAAUGCAGCCACUAGUUACAUCAUGUGCCUUAUGAAGUUUGUCAAAGGACUAGGUCUGAUAGAAGUCUGGAUAAUCCUGCUGGAGCAGCUCACAGCAGCUGUGUCCAACUGUCCACGUCAGCACCAACCCCCUACCUUGGAUUUACUCUUUGAGCUACUGAGAGAUGUCACCAAUACACCUGGUAACUAUUUCUACAUCUAUCUUUUGGGGGAGUUGUUACACAUAACUUUUUUUCAGGAGGGUAUUUCUGAUCUGUUGGGCUGCUUCCACAGCAGCACCGAGGGCUUCAGUGGGGAAGGCUGCCAGGUGAGGGUGGCGGCCCCCUCCUCCUCCCCCAGUGCCGAGGCCGAGUACUGGCGCAUCCGAGCCAUGGCUCAGCAGGUGUUUAUGUUGGAUACCCAGUGCUCACCAAAGACUCCAAACAACUUCGAUCACGCUCAGUCCUGUCAGCUCAUUAUUGAGCUGCCUCCUGAUGAGAAGCCAAACGGACACACCAAGAAAAGUGUUUCUUUCAGGGAAAUUGUGGUGAGCUUACUAUCUCAUCAAGUGUUACUGCAGAACUUAUAUGAUAUCUUGUUAGAAGAGUUUGUCAAAGGCCCCUCCCCUGGAGAGGAGAAGACAAUCCAAAUGCCAGAAACCAAAGUGGCCGGCUUCCUCAGAUACAUCUCCAUGCAGAACCUGGCGGUCAUAUUUGACCUGCUGCUCGACUCGUACAGGACGGCCAGAGAGUUUGACACCAGCCCUGGGCUGAAGUGCUUGCUGAAGAAAGUGUCUGGCAUUGGAGGUGCUGCCAACCUCUACCGCCAGUCGGCAAUGAGUUUUAACAUCUAUUUCCACGCACUGGUCUGUGCUGUUCUCACCAAUCAAGAAACCAUCACUGCCGAGCAAGUGAAGAGAGUCCUUUUUGAGGAUGACGAGAGAAGCACAGAUUCGUCGCAACAGUGUUCAUCAGAAGAUGAAGACAUUUUUGAGGAGACUGCCCAGGUGAGCCCCCCAAGAGGCAAGGAGAAGAGGCAGUGGAGGGCUCGGAUGCCCUCUCUAAGUGUCCAGCCCGUCAGCAAUGCAGACUGGGUGUGGCUGGUCAAGAGGCUUCACAAGCUGUGCAUGGAGCUGUGCAAUAACUACAUCCAGAUGCACCUGGACCUGGAAAACAGCAUGGAGGAAGCGCCCAUCUUCAAGAAUGACCCAUUCUUUAUCCUCCCAUCCUUCCAGUCGGAGUCAUCCACCCCAUCCACUGGGGGGUUCUCAGGGAAAGAUACACCUUCUGAGGAUGACCGAAGUCAGACACGAGAUCACAUAGGCGAGCCUCUGAGCCUGAGGGGGGGCAGUGGGGAAACGCUGCUGCUACCCCCAAGCCCCAAGGUGGAGAAGAAGGACCCCAGCCGGAAGAAAGAGUGGUGGGAAAAUGCGGGGAACAAAAUCUAUACCAUGGCGGCCGACAAAACCAUUUCAAAGUUGAUGACUGAAUACAAAAAGAGGAAACAGCAGCAUAACUUGCCCACAUUCCCCAAAGAGGUCAAAGUGGAGAAGAAGGGAGAGCCGCUGGGGCCGAGGGGCCAAGACUCCCCACUGCUUCAGCGUCCCCAGCACUUGAUAGACCAAGGACAGAUGCGGCAUUCUUUCAGUGCGGGCCCCGAGCUGCUGAGACAGGAGAAGAGGCCCCGCUCGGGCUCCACCGGGAGCUCCCUGAGUGUCUCUGUGAGAGAUGCCGAAGCACAGAUCCAGGCGUGGACCAACAUGGUGCUAACAGUUCUCAAUCAGAUUCAGAUCCUUCCAGACCCAACCUUCACAGCCCUCCAGCCAGCGGUGUUCCCGUGCAUCAGCCAGCUGACCUGUCACGUGACUGACAUCAGAGUUCGCCAGGCCGUGAGAGAGUGGCUGGGCAGAGUGGGCCGUGUCUAUGACAUCAUUGUGUAGAAGACUUAACAUUGAAGAAAUUGAAUAGCGAGGGUUAGAGUAUGCCUGCCAAUCAAGCUGAUGGCGCUUCUCCACCAACAGCCCCACGGAAACUAGUGUCUCUGAGAACAAAUGGCCGCUUCCUAACUAAUCUGCUCUGGGGCCAUUCUGGAUACGAAGAUGGUAUCUAGAUGACACCAAUGAUACUCUGAUUUUGCACAUUGUUUCAGAAGAGUCUCCUUGACACAUUUCUAAAUCUUUAAGUUAAUUUCCCAGUGCUUUUGCCUGCAAAGUUAUUGCCAACUGGGUUGCUUUCAAGAACCACUCUUUGAAAACAUACAUAAAUCCAUUUGAUCCUUUUUUUUUUUUAAAUUGCAAUUGCUAAGGAAAUAACUGCUGGUAAGUCAAGCUGAUGUAUAAACACUCAGACAUCUAGUAACAAGCAUUAUUCACUGGAGAAAGAUUUAUGUCAUGAUUAUGCAUUUGGCGGGGAAGAAAACGAAAAGAUAAAUUCUUGGGUAUCAUAAUCAAGAAAGGAAUGACUUUCUCUGUAAAAUAUUCCAGAACAUUUCAAAAUUGUCCUAAGUUGUCAACAACGUCUUCAUUUAAGGUACUAUUGUGCCUUCAUUUCCGUAUUUCUAAAGGAAGACAAUUCUUUCCUGGCAGGGUUGUAAGGGUAUCUAAUGGCAGCCUUUGACACACGGUACCCAGUGAUAUUUGCUGAGACAGAUAUUUCCAAGAGACAGAAGACUGACCAGCCACCCUGGCUGUCCCAUUGGUCUUUGCUUUUGCUCCCAAGGCAAACAAGAAAAGGGAAAGAAAAAAUGGUGCCUUAGUCCCUUGUUGCACAGACAUUUCUAUGCUCCACAGUUAUCUGAACAUAUGCUAUAACAUUUGGUUUUUAAGGAAACAAAACAUAAAAUGCAACUUAUUUGAUAUGAACACCCUUGGAGGAAAGGAACUCAGAGUUCUCCAUUUAGUGAGCAGACUUCUCAGGGAAGGGAGCAGGAAGUGUGGGUUAGGGAGACAGCUGGAAGGGGUGGGAAAGGAGAUUAUGAUGAAACCAUUUUAAAUCUUAAAAUAUUACACAACAACCAUAUGAAAUUGUGGUGUCAAUUAUACAUGCUCUAGUCUCAGAAGAAAACUAAAAAAGAAGGCACACAGAAUGAAAUCUAGGAAAUUAAGUUUUUUGGUUUAAAAUAGGUCUUCUUUCUGUGAAGUAAAGGUACCUUAUGUCUGAAGCCUUUUUAUUCAGGCCAAUAUUAAAAGUGGAUAUUUCUUUUCUUAAAUAUUACUAGAAAUUAAUCUGGAAGUUUUAUCUUAGGUAUGGAAUAUUUAUAUUUCUUAAAUUAUAGUAAUGAUGAUUGAAACUCCCCAGUCAAGCCCACUCUCAUACAUCCUAGAAUGUAGAGUUAGUUGCUAAGACAUACAUUAUAAUUUUCCCAGCCCCUAAAAAAUGUAUUCAUAAUUGAGUAUGUCAUUUGUCCUUUAAAAAUAAAACAUCACCUCUUCAAUACUAAAGUAAAGAUUUAAAACUGACAGCUUUAUUCAGUGCUGGUGUUAGUAAACUUUGUCUUCCUUGAGAAAUAUGUCAUCUAUCUACAAGGUUAAGAGGAAGACACAGCUCCUGGAUUUAUUUAGGCAGUCUCAACAAAGGAACGUUAUCAUUCAGUAUGCCACCUAGAGAUCAACACAGAAUCCAGAAGACAUUUCUUUUAGUUCCACAAAACACCCUCUUUGCCUUCAGUUUUUACUCAUUAGACAAUGAUUUGUUUAGAAACAGAUUAGCUAUCUUAACAAGCAAUGAAUUGUUCGGAUAGCAAUGAGAGCUGUCUUCUAUACUUUUGAAUUUUUAUAUUUUGUAAGUUAUAAGAAUUGAAAGUUGGGUAGAUAGUUUUUGGUUUUCUUAACAAAGCAGUGCACCAUGGUUGUUCUGUUUCUUUUUGUAACUUAUCCUAGGUUCAGUUCUCCUUUGUGAGCCUGUGAGUACUAGAAAGUUUACUGGGCGGGUGGGGGUGGGGGGGAGGCUCCAGUGAAGAAGAGUAUCCAAUCAGAGUAAUCACAAAAUGUUUAUAAGUAGCGAUUUUUUAUAAAACAUAAAAAUUCAAAGGAGGCCAGUCUCAAUGUAUGAAUGUCAUGUACCAGAGUAUGAUUGUCAGUUAUUUAGAAAUCAGAAUUCAUUCUCCCCAUGCAUUCUCCAUUCUGGGAUCCAAGCCUAGUUUAUGAAAAUAAAUUUACCCCACACUCUCCCCAAACACUGUUCUAGUACUAGUCUGAUUAUGAGUACCAAAAGUAAAAACCUGAAAAAAUAUACAUAGCUCUUCACCUGUAAUUUUAGAAGAGGGUUUUGUUCCCUUCCCAUCACCUUUUCUAUAGCCUAAGUCUCACAUUGUACUCUGUGUUCCACAUCCAUGUCAGAUUUCAACCAGAAAAUUAGCUAAGUCACAGUGAUAAUUCCCAGAGGUAUUUGCAGUUGUCAAAAAGUACAUUGCUUGAUGCAAAUAAUCUCUAACAAACAGGACUUCAGGUCACAAUGAAGUUAGUCAAAUCCUCCCAGCGAUGGAGAAGAAAGGGUGAUAACUAGGAACCCUUCGUAGACAAGGAGUCCCUCCCCAGACUGCCCCAGUCAGUCCCUCACAUUCUUCUUCGUGUCUCAGUUUCUGCCUUUCCCCAUCUCUUCCUUCACUCUCUCCCAAGGUCUCUGAAAGACCAAGGUCAAGACAGCCUAUGUAGUUAAAACAGUUAUUACUAUAUAUUUACAGAUCUGAGUAGAAUAAGAUUUUUCACAUUGCUUUCAGUUGCCUAUAUGUACUGCCAAAAGUGUGUUAACAUAAGGUUUGGAUUUACUCCCUUUUUUCUAACAUUUUGGUGAAGUCGCAUCAUGGAUACUUGGAAAACUCAAAGUGUAAAGGAAUUGCUGAUGGAACAGCUCAGCCAAGUAUGCCCUACUCUUCAUCAGAUUUCUCCCUGUCAUGAGGUCAUAGGUUUGAUCUAGGGCUAAUAGACUGUUCAUAGGAUCUCUCCUAGCUUUUGCAUCUCCUGAUCAGCUUUUAAAGAUGCUUAGGCUGCCUCUUUAUACCAUCUUGUUCUCUCUCCCUGUAUGACUAUUUUCUACCCUUCUCCAUUGAUACAAAAUUAGGUACCUUUUACCAUUUUUAGGCUAUGUAAUGACUGGCUGAGGCCGAUGUUAACAUACAUAACAGCUCAGAUUAAAAUAUUUUCAAUCAACUAUGACAAAAUGAUAACAUAAUUUAAAAACAUCUUUAAGUGGAAACUUCUUUGUACAGUAUCACUAGGCUUUUUGUCCUUGCUGUUUUAAGGAGAUGGCUUAGACAGGGUCAGUUCAGAGAGUCGAAUAGCCUUAACUGUGAGAAGGUAAUGCAAUUAUGUAAUAGAUAUCCUUGACUUCCCUCAGAUACAUCACAACUCUGCUUACAUAGGAAAGUUUUCUUUCAGAAAGGAAAAUCUAUUCAUGUCAGUCCCUUCAAAGUAAACAGAGUGAAGGCCUUUGUUUGGAACUGAUGACAAUAGCAAGAGGUUACAAACAGCAGGAAGGAGGUGAAAUUUGUUGAAUGCCACUGUGAAUAUAGACCCUUUACCUGCACUAUCAUAUUUAAUUCUCACAAUAACCUUGUGAAAUAGGUACUGUUUUCCUCAUUUUUUCAGAUGAGGACGGAGACCCAGCAAGGCUAAGAAAUUUGCCCAAGAUAACAGUACAUGGCCAAGUUGGUUGGGAAAGCGGUGUCCCUGAAUUCAAAGGCCAUGUUCUAUUAUACCAUGCUCUAAGUGCCCAGAGUAAACACUUUAGUGUCUCAAGGAAUUAAACAGUUAAAAUUAGUUGAAAAUAUUUGAUUGAUGUCCCAGAUCUAUAAUGUUAUGGGGAUAUUUCAAGUAGGCUUAAAAAAAGUGUUUAUACAUAGAUUAUAUGUAACAUAACAUUUUGAGUGUUUGCAAAUAAAACAAAACCUAAACUUUAAUCUUAAAGCAGACCUUCAGUGGUAAUUUAGGAAAUUUGCCAAUUAGAUGGAUAUAAUGGAGUAAUAUUGUUCAUGGACAGCUGUUAUGCAGGAAAAACAUGGCAGUCUGUGUCCGGAAUGACAUGCACAAAUUGUAAACCUUUUUCAAUUACAUUUAAUCACUCAAAUAAAGUGCCCUGUAGCCAACAGUGCCUCUCUACUUGCUUCCCUGAGAAGCAUAUAGUACUAAAUUUAUAGGUCAUCAUCAAAGUUUGGGAAUAUGCAAAAUAAAUGAUAACUAUUUUUCAAUUGCACCCUUUAAAGAGAAAGUACUGAUUAGACAAGAUUGUUUAAAGAUCCAGGAAGUGAGGUCAUCAGGUCAACAUCCAUAGUAGCCAUGUCCCAUAAUAUCUAAAUAUUUCUACUUACUUUGCAAAAAAGGAAACAGGCAUAAGGAAAAUCCAGAACUUACAUGUGCUUGGGUACCACGUAGGCGAUCCUAGUGAGACUUAGUGUGGCCUUAAAAAAAGCAAGAGACUAUUUUUAAGCACUUUUUGUUGAAAAUAUGAGCUUGUUAUUGGACAAGAUUUAUGAAAUUGGUAAAGAAUUGUUGUAAUUAUGCCUCAUCAAAAAAAACAACAACAGUGUGUUUACCUCAUUCAUUAGUGGAGCGAUCUAGAAAACUGUUUGUCUUUUUGUGAGAUCUUCUUCCUCUACUUGUAUUGUCAUGUUUGUGUUUGAUGUAGAAGUAACUAAUAAUUAAGUUUUGGACUAGAGCACCAUAUAGCUUUCCAAAAUACAAUGAUUACAUCAGGGAAGACGGACCCCCCCCCAAAAAAAAAAUUCAUCUCCUGGAUAGUCUAAGGGAAACUCAGUUGAGAACAAUGCUUAGUUUCCUUAUAAAUAGUGACACCACUUAUUAUCAACUGAAGAAAACCCACUACCACACCACUAGCACCAUAGAAAACCAUUUUCCUCUAUUUUUGUGUAAUAAUGCAAGGGGUUUCUAGGAAGGAGAGGCUGGCUGACCCAUCUUUGUGACAAAAUUCAGCCAACUGCUGGUCAAUCCCAUUCAGUUACGGUCCUUCCAGUCUGUUCACCCUCCAGGAAUUGUUCGUACCAUUAGUUCCUCUCCUGAAGGUUUAACAGUGGUUGUCUAGUAUCUUCUGACUUUAGCACGUUAGCACAAAUCAGUCACUUGAAGGGCUGGUUAAAACACAAAUUGCCAGGCCCAGAGUUUCUCACCCAGUAGGUGUGGAAAUUUGCAUUGUUAAUUAGUUCCUAGGUGAGGCCAGUGCUGCUGGUCUAGGGAUCACACCUUGAGAACCACUACCUUCAAAAAAUUUCCAACUAUUACCUUUAAGAUCAGCCUGACUUAUCAAGCACUAGAGAAAAACUGAACUUAACCUUGGACAGACAUCUUGGGAUUGGAUUCUCUACAGCAUUCCUGCUCAACCUUCCCUGCUUCCAGGUUCAUUCUACCAACCAUUGGUUUUUUACAAGCUAGAAGACAAUGAAUGUAUUCGUUCUAUGGAACAGUGACAUCAGCGUACGCUUCUCUUGUCUUUGUAUUUGGAAACAUUGAUUCUGUGGAUGAUCGUUUGUAUCACGUUGGCCCUUUGACUUGUGCUGAGGUGAUUUGAAAUUAAAGUAUGUGGUGUUUGUGUUUCUUCUGUUCAUACAGUUUUAAUGAGAUAUGUCCAUGUUGAUUGCAUUACAACCUUGGCUCCUGGCUUCCAGAGGUUUUUAAGUAGUUGCUUGCUUGCCAGUAGUUUUAGAUCUCUCAUUAGUCACCAAAAUAUCAGCACGUCAAGUUGUACUACUUGAUGUACCUUCUUUCACGUAACUGUCUUGUGUAAAUUAAUAUUUUAAUUUCCUGUGUACCUGCAAAGAGUUUACCAAAUGGCUUCAUGGAAAUUUGAAAAUGGGACCAACUCCCUUUUGAGCAGUAUACGUGUCUGUUUUAGAGACUUUUCAGUAACUAUGUUGUGUUUGUGCUCAUAUCUGCAACAUAAAGACCAUAUUCAUUAUCUCAUCUUCCAAAUGAUGGGAGAAAUGUAAAAGGAAAUCAAUAUGCAUUGGGAAUACAGUGAAAUCAUGUUAACCCAAAUAUAGGUGGGGCCUUAGUUUAUUUCUUAACUCUUUAUUCAGUUAAUUAGCUUUAGAAAUUCUUUUUCCAUGGGAAAAAAAAUAGGGAACACAGAGGAAAUAAUUCAUGAGAAAAAAAAAUUAAAUACCUUAAAAUGAUCACCUAUGUAUAAGCUAUACUAAUUACACAUAAUUCUUAUUGAUUUAAUAAAAGUUUCUCUAAAUACUUUUUUAAUACCCAGAAAUCAUUUAAAUUACUUUAGACUGUUGUGUGAAUAGAAAGUAAUGACUAUAUUUUUUAGAAAGCAAAUCAAAGUGUUAAUGGUAUCAAGGAUUCAAAUCCUUGCCUCUGUGAGUGGAAAUAAUUGAAGUUUUUUGGGGUUUUUUUAAUUUCACUUUUGUUUUCCAUAAUCUUUUUUUGGUUUGUUUUUGGAAAUUAUGUAUGCAUUUAGUUAUCUUAUUUAUUUAAAAAUUAAAUUUAAAAAAUUAAUCUCUAGGAAUAAUUUAUUUUCAGUUUAUCUUACCAACUGGUGCCAAAAAGGGGAGGAGUGAUCUAAAAGCCAAUCUUUUGAACCACCACAUAAAAUAUUAUGUUUUCUCUUAAAGUUAGGGGAGCUCAAACCCCUGACUCUACCAGCCACCGUGGCCAUCCAUGGCUACCUCAUGAUAUGUACAAGCUACAUUGUAUUCCUCCCUCUGCUGUUCUUUCUUCUGAUUUUUGUUGGAAGCGGUUCUCUCUAAUACAAAUCAGUUUCCCACUAAGUGGGCAAAACUGGACAAAGUAUAAUGCUUUUGAUAUUUUGGUUUCACUUCGUUUGCAACCAUGUGGUGGAAUGUACGGGUAUGGCGUGAUGGGGGCAGAUGGAGGUGCCUAGAGGGAAAGGAUGAUUUUGUUUGUUUUUGUUUCUUGAUUUGUUUUUGGUGGAUGGGUGGGGGGUGGAAGUUAGGAAUUAAAAGUUUAUUGCCCUAAUCAUGCCAAAAUACUAUUAUUCAAGAUUAUUUUUCUGCUUUUCUAAGAGGAAUGAAUUUAAAUAACUUACAUUAUAAACAGUUCCCUUACAACCAUCUCCCCACUGUAAGUAAAGCCAAUGAGUGGUAAGGGUCCUUUUAUCCUUUCUUGCAUUUUGCCAAAGAAUAGACUUGUUUUCAUUGAAAAUUAUAAAUAAAUGAAGCUUGGUAUAGCCAUAAUGAUUUGAGUUAGUAUACCAUUUUAUCUACAAAAUGCAAAAUCCAUCCUUGCAACCCCAUUCACCAGGAGCCUUGAAGCAUUUUGUUUACUCUAAAUGACUUGUUAAAGAAGUACAGUUUUUGUUUUUCUUUUUUAUUUAGUCAGUUUGGUCACAUUUAUUAAAGAAAAAAAGAGUUGAAAACUACCCUCAUUUAUAUGUUGAUAUAACUGAUUUGAUAUAAUCUGUUUGUUGUUUAACAGGUCCCUGUAAGCAAGCUUGCAAGUGUAUUUUGUGUACAUUUUAUCUGAGGUGAAAAUGAAAAUUCUAAAGAGAAAAUAUUUUAAAAGAUAUUGUAUUUAUGUUGCUUGUGUUGUAGAAUAAAGAUUCAAAUGCAUUUUAAAAAUCUGA